UGUAUUAUCUCGACUGCCCAAACCAGCUGGGCUUGAGAGGAUGGGGAAUAUCAAAGCCCUCCAAUCAUCUGCCUGAUUAAGGUGAUCCGUGAUGAACCUGCUAACCAUUUUAUCUGCCAGGGCUUGACGCCUGUGUUUGGGGGAUUAGAGGGGCGAAACAGGGAUGGUCAGAUGUGUGUGCUUGGAUUAUGUUCUAAACACACAAGAAUUACACAGGUGUUGCAGCAGGAUUAUGCAAACUCUCCUACUGCAUGCAGUGACAUUAUAGGCUUUAGGAAUCAGGUGAAUGACAGAUUAAGUCUUAUCAAACUUUGACUCUUGGUAUACAAUUUAAUCAUCUGCUCUAGGAUAUCAAGUGUUCAGAUUGACUUUUGAGGCAAACUGAGGAUAGGUGAAAAAACUCGCACCCAACAUCACCCCUCAAUGACUUUGGCUCCCUCAUUGUGAACUUUGUGUGCACAGUGUCAAAUUGCACAUUUUCAGCGAAAAACGUAUUGUUUGUAUUAUGAGACGCUCAAGCACGGACGAGACGCCGUACCGGCGCAGUCCGUCUCUGGACAGCAAACCUGACACACCAACAUUCACCUCUGGCUUCCAUCGCUUCAGUGGGGAGUUUGAGUACAAGCGGCCACCGUUUGCGUUUGGUUUCACCACCACAAAGGGGCCGCAGACAACCAAGGGCCGUUGCGCUCAGGGAAAGAAGUAUGUGGUGUUUUAUCUGGACCUCUCCUUCAUAUUCCUCCUAGAACUGCGACGCUGCAGGAUGGCUGAAGGUUGUAUGAUGGCCCUUCGUUACGGGAUGGUCUUCUUCAAUCUCCUGUUCUGGCUGGGAGGAUGUGGCAUACUCGGGGUGGGGGUGUGGCUCUCAGUGACCCAGGGAAACUUUGCCACCUUGUCGGCAUCCCUUCCGUCCUUGUCGGCAGCCAACCUGCUCAUCGCACUGGGAACCAUCAUCAUGGUGAUCGGCUGCCUGGGCUGUGUGGGGGCCGUCAAAGAAAGUCGUCCUCUUCUGCUUACAUUUUUCAUCCUUCUUCUGCUCAUCUUCUUCCUGGAGAUCCUGUUCAUCAUGCUCUUCUUCAUCUACCAAGACAAGAUCGACCACUACGCCCAGAGGGAUUUGAAAAAGGGUCUGCAGCUUUUUGGCACAGAGGGCAACGUGGGUCUGACCAACGCCUGGAUGAUAGUUCAAACUGAUUUCCGCUGCUGCGGAGUGACCAACCACACGGACUGGUUCGAAGUCUACAAUGCUUCCCGUGUGCCUGACUCCUGCUGCCUGGAGUACAGCGACAACUGCGGCCUGGACAACCCGGGAACAUGGUGGACAGCGCCAUGCUACGAGCGGGUGAAGGACUGGCUUAAUGAGAACCUGGUGGCCCUUUGGAUCUUUGCUCUAUGCACAGCACUUACUCAGAUCCUGGGCCUGGUGUUCUCUAUGACGAUGUUCUGCCAGGCAGUCAAAGUAGAAACCUACUACGCUUAAUGCUCAACCCUGACGUCCUUGAGCACAUCUGCAAUGUCCCUGCACUUAAGAGGGACGGAUGCAGCUCUCCUCCUCCCGACGCAUACCUUUCCCCUCUGGUGACAUUUCGUCUGGGAUGUUCCCACUUCACAUCUGAUCUGCUCACUUACAAACAAGCACAGUGUCAGUGUAAUACGUUUCCUAUGAUUUGCUAUGUGUCAAAUAUUAAUUUCUGUGAUGCAUUUUACCAAGCAGUAUAUUGAACAUGUGUUAUGCAGUAUUGUAUUUGUUUUAAAUUAUGUUGUGUUUUUAUGUGUUUUCAAAAGGAGAGGCUCAGUUAGCAAAGGGCACUGUUGAAGUGCUGCAAGUGCAUGUCCCCUGCGAUGGUGUGUAUUAAAUGUUUUGAUCUCCUGA